CAGGUAACGCUCAGGUAACGCCGUCGACUUUACGCGCACACGACGUCAGUCCGGUUCGCGACGCUUCGCUAAGAGCACCGCGGGCGCACGACGCACAACUUCAAAUCACACUUCUGCAAACUCAACCCUGUUUUAAACCAAGUGCAAAAAUGACUUCAUGGUGCUCAACGUCACAACACCUCUCCACAUCUCUAUGACAAUAUAAACAUUUAAAAAAUUCAUCCAACGUCAACUUAUAAUUAUUUAGUGAAAAUGAACGCUAAUCGGAAAGUGAAUCUGUAAAUACAUUUUGCAUUCGGCGUUUGUGUUCGGAUUAACCUAGUACACCGAGUAGAAAUUCGCACAGUGCGUUUAUUAGAACACGACGCGACGCCAUUUUACAAUAUAAUUGACGAUUUGUCAAUUGUGACGGUUGUGACGCGUCGACGACACUUGGAUUUUACACGCACACAAACUUAAUUCACUGCUAUUUACAAGCUCAAGAUGGCGACGGCGCGCUGGCCGCGGAGGACGCUGCUCUUGUGCUUCGCUGCGACGACGUGGCUGCUGGGCGCGUGCGCGCAUGACAUUCACAAACACAUGACAGUCGAUGAACUGCGGAGCACGUUUCACGUCGAUAAUCAUGAUUUAGUUCCUGAAUAUGAAGUAGUACACAUCACGGAUCACAACGUGCGCCGACGCCGUAGCAUAGCCACCAACGGUGGUUUCGACAACCACUGGAGUAUAGGCAACCCAUCGAACGGCAAACAACAAGAAAAGCUUACGCUUAGCGCUAAAGCAAGCGUUAGUAAAGUGCCUUACAAUGAAAAGCCACGAACGGCAAAUAUAAAACUAAAAGCAUUCGGAAGACCAUUAAAUCUUAGUUUGGUGAAAAACGAAGAUUUAUUUAAGAAAACCGGGCUGAAAAUAUGGACGGUUGAACCCAAUGCAACGUCACAACAUGGCGUCGAGUAUGUUGAAAUGCCACAACACAGUCAUGAAGAUGUCGGUGAAAUUUAUCAAGAUCAAGAGAAUCAGGCCGCCAUCUUGUUACGCAACGAUCAAUUAUUGGGACAUUUACUUUUGGAAGGAAGUAUCGGUGAGGAUUUAGUGAUUAAACCACUGCCAGCGCGAUUACAUCCUUUGGUGAAUCAACAAACGGUGACUAAAAGAAAAAACUUGCCCAAUCCAGCCGAUGAUGAUGAAAUGUUCCUGGAUGAUGAUGGAGAAUUAAGUGCAGAGGUCGCCAUUGAUACAGGCUUGCCAAUUCAUAGGAAAACUGACAAUAUUGAUGAAAUUGAAAUUGAUGAUGCUAAAGCUUCAAAAUCACAAAAUGACGACGCAUAUGAGCUGCAACCAAGUACACACCACAUUGUAUUCAAACGUAAAGACAACCAAGACGACACAGAAAGUGAUUAUGCACUUAUGGAACCCGACCAUCUUGCCAAACGUUAUCGCCGCAGUACUCUCUUACAAAAUGCAACAUCAUCCCAUUCGAGAAACAAACGCGAAGCACCUUAUACAAUAUAUCCGGAGAUUUUAGUAAUUGUUGAUUACGAUGGAUAUCGGUUGCAUGGCGGCGACAAUUUACAAAUCAAACGAUAUUUUGUUAGUUUUUGGAAUGGAGUUGACCUAAGAUACAAGUUAUUAAAAGGACCUAAGAUUCGUAUUUCUAUCGCUGGUAUUAUCAUCAGUAGAGGACGUGAUGCGACGCCAUAUUUGGAACGCAAUCGUGUCGGACGUGACGCCAUCGACUCAGCAGCUGCUCUCACUGACAUGGGCAAAUAUCUCUUCCGAGAGCGACGACUUCCGGUCUAUGACAUAGCUGUCGCCAUUACAAAACUAGACAUGUGCAGACGCUCGUAUCCCUCAGACGUGUGCAAUCGUGGCACGGCAGGAUUCGCGUAUGUGGGCGGCGCAUGCGUGGUGAACAAACGUCUCGAGAAGGUCAAUUCGGUCGCCAUCAUUGAGGACACCGGUGGUUUUAGCGGUAUCAUCGUAGCUGCUCAUGAAGUUGGUCAUUUAUUGGGAGCUGUUCACGACGGAAGUCCGCCGCCAUCUUAUUUGGGUGGUCCCGGUGCGGAGAAGUGUCAAUGGACGGACGGAUACAUUAUGUCUGAUCUCAGACAUACCGAAAGAGGUUUCCGCUGGUCGUCAUGCAGCGUUGCCAGUUUUCAUCACUUUUUAAAUGGUGACACAGCUACUUGUUUGUACAACUCACCACAUGAAGAUGACAGUCUUCCUCGAGUACUUCCGGGUAAAUUACUUACAUUGGACGCGCAGUGCCGACGGGAUCGUGGAACAAGUGCCUGUUUUAAAGACGAUCGAGUCUGCGCACAACUAUUCUGUUUCGAUGCCGGUAGUGGUUAUUGUGUUGCCUAUAGACCGGCAGCUGAAGGUUCACCCUGUGGCGAUGGCCAGUACUGUUUGAAUGGAAGAUGCGUAGCUGAACAUGAAAAUAUCAUCCCAGAUUACUCACAGAACACACCCGCGUACAUCCGACGCGAUGGACAAGCGAAUCAAGGACGGCCAUUGUUCUAUGACGACGAGGAGGACGCAAACCACGAACCGCCACCACCACCACACAACACAUACUAUCAACAACAACCUGAGUACACCACCAAACCCCCUUACGACUAUAACUCGUACUAUUCGACACAAAACCCUAACGCGCAUGCGUACUACACCCCAACGACCACGACAACGACACCAACGCCAUCUACGACUCGUAAUCCAUACUAUUAUUAUUCAAGUACCACACCAAAAAAGACUUACAAAUACUUUACCACUGCAACCACGACUACAACGACACAAAGACCUUAUUAUUAUCAAACACAAAAGACUGUUUAUAACAACCGACCCAAGACGACAUUCAAACUGUUUUCGAUUUCGACGACGCGAUCCCCGUAUGACUUUCAGCACUUCGCCAACAAGUAUACAAGCACGACGAGUACGCGUAGACCAUUCUAUGCGCAUGCGUAUACGACUACACCAACGACGACCACGACGACGCAAACGCCAUCGACGAAAAAUCCCUACAUUGGCAACUAUUACAUACUGCGGCAAAAGACAACGCGGAAUCCGUACGACUUUGCCAAUUUUGGCAAGCACUACGCGACCUCAUCGAGCACGCCGCACUAUCACGACGAUUACAAUAAUAACUAUCUGAAACGCUCGUACAAUUCGGCGAGUUACUAUAGCGACGCGAGUAGCGUGCGCAACGUGACGCGCCUACGACAGUAGAAAGAGCAUCGACACUUUGAAGCGCGACGCUAGCGCCACCUCAAUCAAAACGUCAAUACAAUCAACUACAGUGGCGCCACUUGGUGUCCAAUGGUGUUUAAAGUGCCUUAAGAGACUAGACUAAACGAGAAACUUUAUGUGCGUGUAUCGCAGCGUAUUUUUUUGUAAAUAUUACUUCGUAACUUUAUUUACCCGAUAGCACGGAGCAUGCGCGCCGAGUUUUUAAUUCAUAAGAUGUAUAUACAAUUAAACUUAGCUCAUGCACACAUGUCACACACACUUCCGCAUCGACAAUCAACGAAAACAACGAAAAGACAACGGAAAUACCAAUUCAUGUACUCACUGCCAACUGCCAAAACAGAUCAAGCGUCAAUUCGCAUUUUUAUCGUGCUUUAAUUUUACUUUUAUGUUACGAAUUGUGAUUUUUAAACAAUUACCGAUAGGGACCGAUAUAUAUAGUUGUUAGCAUUGCUAAGCGUGUACAUUUUCCAGCUUAGUUCAGCCAUUGACUAAUGUGUAUAACAAGUAGUCUAUGGUUGGAUUGGAAUGUGCGACGCAUUCACGUCGAGCAUGAGCAACUCGUCGCAUGGGGGGUUGCCUAAUAAUGUUUAUUUGUGUGUGAAUCGCGCGAAUGUCCUAACAUAGAAAUGUAUCUCCCAGUGUUUUGUGUUUCGUCUUGUUUAAGCUUAGCUGAUAAGUUCCUACCGUUUGUAAGCUGUAAAUUAUAUUUUCGAUUUUUUCUGUCUCUAAUAAAUGUAUUUCAAUUGAUAUAAAA